AUGGCUCAGCAGAUAACAUCCAUCUUUCAGAGGAACUUUCGGCGUUUUAAUCCUCAAACAACACAAAGCCAUCAAAAAUACACAUUUCACUUCUUCAAACCUCCCCCAAUAUCAUCAUCCCCUCUACCCUCCGAAAACACACACACUCGAAUCAACCUCCUCGAAACUCAACUCCUCACUCGAACAAUACACCAACCCCAACACCCCAUAAACCUCCUCGCAUCUCGGAUGAUUCCUAUCCCCCGCCACAAAAGCCGACACUCUGUCCUCCUUCACCUUCACCCACGACCACCCGGGCUCCUUCACCACACCCCGCCACCUCAUCAACCUCCUCACCCCAGCCGCCUCUUUCCACCUCCCACCACACGCAUACAUAUUCGCCAGCGUGACGUGGGUCCCACCGCACUCCGGUGGGACCCGAGACCGAGAAGCCCCGCGUGGCUGCACGCGCCGAGGACACCGAUGAAAGUCACCGAGUCGGGCCGAAGGCCCGCGUCCGGAAUUCUCUCGAAUAAUUCGAUGGCUUCCCGACUCAAUCCGUGCUCCGCGUAUCCGUUGAUCAUUGCCGUCCACGAGACUAUAUCGUCGUUUAGGGUAAGUGAGAAAACCUUCGCCGCGUCGAAAAUGCAACCACAUUUUGAAUACAUGUUUAUGAGGGAGCUCGGGAUCAUGGCCGUUUGGUCGAGGCCGACGGAUAAAACGUACGCGUGGAGCUGUUUCCCUUGGUCGAGAAUAGCCAUGCUGCCGCAAACGCUCAGCACGCUCGAGAGGGCGAACUCGGUGGGCCUCGGGCCUUCUUUCCUCAUCUGCGAAAAGAGCUCGAAGGCCUCCUCUGCAUGGCCCAAUUGA